CAUCGUCUCAUUCUCCUUCGCUUCGCCGCUGCGGCUCCAAUAAUUCGUCCAAAUUUGAUCGGAGAGGCUCUUCCUUCAUCACUUCGAUAUGGGGGACGAUGGAAUUCCCACUGAAACACCUGCUUCAGUGCUUGGAGAACCAAUGGACCUCAUGACAGCACUCCAGCUUGUUUUGAGGAAAAGUUUGGCGCAUGAUGGGCUUAUUCGUGGACUCCAUGAAGUAGCGAAGGCUAUUGAAAAGCAUGCUGCACAACUUUGCGUGCUUGCAGAGGAUUGUGACCAACCUGACUAUGUUAAGCUAGUCAAGGCUCUUUGUGCAGAUCACAAUGUCCACUUGGUGACCAUUCCACAUGCCAAAUCCCUUGGAGAGUGGGCUGGGCUCUGUAAGAUUGACUCAGAGGGAAAGGCCAGAAAAGUUAUAGGGUGCUCCUGUGUUGUUGUUAAGGAUUAUGGAGAGGAAUCAGAGGGACUUCAUAUAGUUCAGGAGUAUGUGAAAUCUCACUGAUUAUUUUGAGCUAUCAGUCGGCAUAAAUGAUUUAAAAUUUUGCAUUUAGACUUGUGAACAUUUAGUUGAUUUUUUGCAGCAUUUGUUUCUGGUUUGAAGGUUGUUUAUCUUGGUUUUUGUCCUAAUUUAUGAAUGUUGUAGCGAGAAUGUACCGGAAAACCUGUAAGCUUUAUAUAUUCCAGUUGUGUUCA